UGAUGUCAAAGUCUAGACUUAACUUUCGUUUUCGGGUUACUGCCGACUGGAGAUGGCGCCGGUUCCGAAGGCUGUGCGGCGAAUCGAGCUAGACGGCCCUCUGCGGCCUGGCUGCCCGCUGGGGGUCGCUGCUGUCCCAAGAUGCUGCAAAGAAUUCGGUCCGGAGGGCUCCGGGGAAGAGAGCUUCCUCCAACACCAGCCUCCCCCCACCUCCCCCUCCCAGGAUGUAGUGGAUUUUCUUCGCCAGCUCGUGGAGAGUGAUCCCCAGAGCCUGCGCCGGAUCCGUGUGGAUGGGAGCCGCGGGCAGCCGCAGCAGUGGCAGCAUGGUUACCUCCUGGACCGUUUCCCUGCUGAAGGAAACACACCUGCACAGAGUGACAGGGGCAAAGGGGCCGAGGGAUCGGGCACCUACUGUGGUCUCCGGAAGUCCUUCCUUUGCCCUCUCCGAAGGUCUGAACCCUGCCCUCCAAGCCCCUCUGCCACUCCGCCCCUCUCUAGUGUCUCAGAUAGCCUGCUGCAGGUGGCCAUGCCCCAGAAGCUCCUGGUGACCGAAGAGGAAGCCAACCGCCUGGCUGAGGAGCUGGUGGCUGAGGAGGCGCGUAUGAAACAGAAAGCAGAGAAGAAACGGAGCAAGAAGAAGCGUCAGAAGGAAAGAAAGCGACAGGAGCGCUUGGAACAGGCCAGCGGGGAGGCCAAGGCCACAGUUACCCCAGAAGAGGCCGAGAGUCCCCCAGCCAGCCCUGGAAGCCCAGCUCAAGGGCAGUGUGGAGCAGAGGAGGACUUACUGGAUCUGUCUAGCAGUUUUGUGUCUCUGGCUUUACGCAAGGUUGGGGAUUGGCUCCCAAGUGCCCACAGAGGGAAGGGACCAAGCCAGGAGCCCCAGGUCAAGGACCAGGGCCCGCAGGAGAAGAUGAGCCAAAAGGAAAGGAACUCCCCAAGAGAGGAAAGGCCUGGGCAGCAUCCUAAGGCACAGGCAUCUCCGGGACUGCUGGCAGCCGCCUCACAGCAGAGCCAGGAGCUGGCGGAGUUGGGUACCAGCUUUGCUCAAAAUGGUUUCUACCACGAGGCUGUUGUUCUUUUCACUCAGGCCUUGAAGCUCAACCCCCAGGACCACCGGUUAUUUGGAAAUCGUUCCUUCUGCCAUGAGCGGCUGGGUCAGCCAGUGUGGGCCCUGGCUGAUGCCCAGGUGGCCCUUACCCUACAACCCGGCUGGCCCCGGGGCCUCUUCCGGCUGGGCAAGGCCUUGAUGGGACUGCAGCGCUUCGAGGAAGCAGCUGCUGUGUUCCAGGAGACUCUGAGGCGUGGGUACCAGCCGGAUGCAGCCUGGGAACUGCACUCUUGCUUUCUCCAGCUUGCUCGGCAGGAUCAACGAGGAAGAGCCCGUGUGCCCCCUCAGUGGACUGGAGUGCCCCAGUCAGGAGACUCAGGCCUGUUCUCCCUCAGUCAAAGCACGGCUUCCAGGGCCUCAGGGCUUCUGCCUCUACCCUUGUAUUACCCUGCACGUCCUCAGAGCCAGCCCAGCUGGUCUUUUCCCCAGACUCAGAUUAGAAGACCCCACCCUCUUCAUCUCCAGGGCCCCUCAAAGGGCUGGGGCAUCCCAAACCUUGGGCGCCGGCAUCUACCUCAGGCCAGAUGAGGGAGGCUCUUUCAUACAGUGAGGCCAUGUGUACAUCCCACAAGGAUAGGGAACACUGUGUGCUGACGGUUUACUACAUAUUUUGAGACCCUGUACUCUAAAUCCAUAGUAAGAGCUGGGCAUGGUGGCGCAUGCCUGUAAUCCUAAUGCUUGGGAGGCUGAAGCAGGAGGAUUGCCACUAGUGUGAA